AUGGUCGAUCAACUGGUUUAUUAUGGGGUCGUGGUGGCGGUAGUUUCAAGCGGUAUGCAGUCUUUUGGCCUGGUACUUCAGCGCAAGGCUGCGCUGCAAGUGGCACGGGGAACUGUGCAGGUGGUGUACCGUAGCCGCCUAUGGCAGAUGGGUCUGACGCUAUUCAUUCUAGCGAACGUGUUCGGAAGCACGAUGCAGAUUGCCACGCUACCACUGGUGAUGCUGGCCCCGCUGCAGGCGUGCGGACUGCUGUUCAACAGCUGGUUUUCGUGUUGGCUGCUCGCAGAGCCGUUUUGUAUGCUUACGUGCGUCGGGACGGUGCUGAUCUGCGGGGGCGGCGUGAUGCUGGGGACUGUGGGCACACGCAUGGGGCUGGCGUCCGGGGACGCGCUGCGGCACGAUUACGGACAGCUGGUGCAGCUGGUUAGCCGCUCGCGGUUCCUCUGGUUCUUCGGCGCAAGCAACGUGCUGGCGGCGGGCCUGGUCGCAUACGCGUACUAUCGCCUGCGCAGGUCGCGCUCGUGGGGCGUGCUGCGGCACCUGGACUCGCGCUGGCCGCAGAAGGACGGCCUAAUGCUCGCGCUGGCCAGCGGGAUCUGGUCUGCCCACUCGCUGCUGUGCGCAAAGUGCGUCGCGGACAUCCUGCUACAUGCCGCACACGAGCCGUUCGUGUUCUCGCUCCUCGCGUGGCGUCUGCUGCCGGUGUUGUGCUCCUUCCUCACUUUUGCGCUGCUGCAGCUCUACCUGCUGAACCAGGCGCUGCAGUACGUCUCCACAUCCGUGCUCUACCCGUUUGUCUUCUCCGUCUACAACAGUGUCACCAUCCUGAACGGUGCCAUAUUCUACGAGCAGGAGGCCCUGCUCGGCACUGCCUACGUCUUCGGCAUGCUGUUCGGCCUGCUUUCUCUCAGCGCCGGCAUCUCGCUGCUCGCGAGCAUCGCCGAUGCCGAGCCGCUGUCCAAGCACUCCUCGCCGCAGUUCUCGACGUUUCUGGCACGCGACUCCGUCUCGAGCUUCCCUACCUGGCAGGAUGGGUCGGCGCCAGACGAGUAUGUCUCGCUGCCGCGCAGGCCACAAGGCUUUAUAGACGGCGGUCGGAACCUGCGCAAGCUCUCCUUCGAGCAAGAAGGUCUCCUGCAGCAGCUGGUGUGA